GGGGCAUCCCUACGGUAUAAAGGAGAACCGGUCCACGUACGAGGUAAUCGUUCCCACUCCGUUGUUCAUUUACCGUCUCUCGAGUUCGCCGCUCCGCUCGUUUCUCUUUCCGCAACAAUCCGAAAGUCAUCGUCGCCGCGAUCGUUUGCACGACGAGUGUUCGGCUGUGCCUGUGAAUCGCGCUGAACAUCGGUCAAGAUGCUGUUGAUACAGCCUAAGGACGAAAUGUCCAAGCAGAUACAAGUGGAGUUGAACGAGAAUCCAGCGACGCGCGACAAGGACCUCGAAAAUAUUAAAGAGUGGCUCGCCAAGCAACCACACUUGCCAAAAUUCGAAGAUGAUCAAAGAAUAAUGACGUUCCUACGCGGGUGCAAGUUCUCUUUGGAGAAAUGCAAAAGGAAGCUGGACAUGUAUUUCACGAUGCGCGCGGUAGUCCCCGAAUUUUUCUCCAACCGCAACGUCAGGAACCCGGUGCUGCAAGAAAUAUCGAAGCUCUUACAUCUACCUCCGAUGCCGGGCUUGACGAAAAAAGGAUGUCGAGUGAUUAUCAUGCGAGGAGUCGAUAAGAACAUACCGACCCCGGAUGUACCGGAAGUUAUGAAGAUGGUGUUCAUGAUCGGCGACAUUCGCCUGAAGGAGGAAGAACACGGCGUGGCCGGCGACGUCUACAUCCUCGACGCCUCCGUCGCGACGCCCAAUCAUUUCGCGAAAUUUUCGCCGUCCAUAGUAAAGAAGUUUCUGGUUUGCGCGAUAGAGGCGUAUCCGGUGAAGCUGAAGGAGGUGCACGUGGUGAACAUCAGUCCGCUCGUCGACACCAUCCUCAAUUUCGUCAAGCCGUUUUUGAAGGAGAAGAUACGCAAUCGCAUCUUCAUGCACAGCGACAUGAAGACGUUAUACGAUUACGUACCCCGAGAAAUAUUGCCGGCCGAAUACGGUGGUGACGCUGGACCCAUCCAGAAUAUACACGAUUUGUGGAUGAAGAAGUUGGAUGAAUACGGGCCGUGGUUCGCGGAGCAGGAAGCUAUGAAGACUAACGAGGCUCUGCGACCAGGUAAACCAAAAACGCAGGACGACCUGUUCGGUCUCGAUGGAUCCUUCCGGCAGCUGACGAUCGAUUAGGUCGUCCCGGAACCAUUUUGACGUAAUCAUCGCCAACGGCAGUCGUUAACCAGAUAGUUCGUCCGCAUAAACUUCUCGACGUCGAUCAUAAACUCCGUCCACCGAUGAAAACUAAGGCACUUUCUUUUCAAACGACUACAACUGUAUCGCAAACUUUUGUACGGUUUGUGCUUAAUAUCGAGUAUCUCUAAAAUGACACGACCAGGUUCAUCGUGGAACAUAGUUAUUAAGCAUAAUACAGCCUCGCUGAAAAGUUUGCCGGAAGUUUGUGGCAGAGAUGGCUCAACAUUAAUAGUAUUUUUCCCUUUUUACUAUUUCUUAAUGCGAUAAUUUAUUUAUUUUUAUCAUUGCAGACGUAAGUGAAUUCUUUUCAUCUUUUCUUCUUCGAUUUUUGCUUUGUAAAAUGCCAUUACGUUUCGAUGAAGAAAGAAGUACGUAAAAUUUGUCGAAAAUUUUAGCGUAUUCCUUUGAUAAUUUUACGUAAGUAAUUUUACGUAAGUAAAAUAAUUAUGUAUGUGGUUUUACUAAAGGCAUAACAUUAUGAGAAUUAGAUUGUAUCUUCUUAAAUUAAACUAAGAUAACAAAGUUUAGGAACUUAAUUGCCCAACUUGAUAUUUCAUACAGGACUACAUCUCAAUAUUAAAAUUGUGAUAAUUAUUUUUUAUGUGAUUUUAUUAAAGACACAAUAUUAUGAAAAUUAGAUUGUAUCUUCUUAAAUUAACUGGGAUAACCAACUUGAUAUUUCAUACAAGACAUCUCAAUAUUAAAAUUGUGAUACGAUGUUUAGUCAAACAGUGUGUUCGAAUAAUAUUAUAUGCAUAUUAAUAAGUUUAUUAUUAUCACUAACAUAAUGUCAUCAAAUAUGCAAUAAUGAUAGGAAAUCAAGUAAUAUUCAAUUUGGCAAUGUGCCAAUGUAGUAAUGUAAAAAAGAAUGCGAUAAUAGCUCUCUACAUUUUGGUUUGUUGAAUCGCCGGCAAUUGGACUCGGCAAACGUGCAAGAAUCUGGCGCACUGAUGUAUACCUGUCAUUUAGGUAUGUGAUGCUUUCCAAUAUCUCAGAUAUUUUUUAUUGAUGCUCUAUUUCGAGAAAUCAUGAGUAGAAUUAGAAUUAAAUAUGUAAUUAUGUGCAAAUGUGUGUGGGUGAUUUAUAAAUAAAUCUUAAAAGAAAACAGAUUCUCGUGAAUCAAUAUCGAACACCCAGUUAGACUCUUUGCGUGCCACGCAAAUGACUCAUACAGCGGUGUUUUCGUCACAGCACUCGCGAGAAAUGUAAUUCAUACGCAAUCACGUGUUACAAUAAUCGGACGAGAAGUUGCGAGAAGCGUUUUGCAAUGUAAAAGUUCGAAAAUCUCUAAAACGUGAGCGCCGUUCUUAGAAAAAAAAAGGAACUUUUGCCUUCGCCGACUGCGGCGCUGGUCGCUUGCCAUUAAUUUGUUGCUAAGUGGAACGAAAACGAAAUAUUCGAUAAGAGUGUCGUGUCCAGUGAAAGCUGUAUGCAGCGGUUAAACCGCGGUGCUGAAAUUGCCCGAGUUUCCAUUUACGUUCACUUGACUUCCUGGAAUAAUCAAUGCCAGUGCCGGAUUUCAAUAAUUCGAGAGUCAAAGAGAGAACAACGUUAAAAUUUCUGAGAAAUGUCUUUGAGUUUAAGCAAAUUAAUUAAUUUUUCUGAAAGUUUCAAAAAGGAAAACUUGCUAUUUUCCCUUUUUAAUUAAAGUGAAAUCAGAGUGUAAUCCAGUCUUCAACAUCCAGUCGAUAUACCUCGUCGGUCUAUAUCGUAUUAAAAGAAUUAAAUUUACUGCACAAUUAUUGUUCAAACGCAACCGUUUGACACAUAAAAGUUAUCGAAU